AUGAAACCAGGCAGAACGAGCGCCGGACAAGACGGUCGUCUCCAUUCUGUUUGUCUCUUUGACAUCGUCACGCCACUGAGUUUUAAUGGAAAACACAGCGUGGCUGGCACGAUUGCGGACAUCAAAAUCGUACACAAAUCAUUGCCGAAAGCACGUUGUUGUCCCGGGAUGGCUCAAACGAGCCAAACAAAGCCACCGCACAAGUUCGAACGGACGCAUUUGAAUUGCAUCUUCCUUCUCUGCGGCUAUGCAUUGGCAAAAUCGAUGCAUGUAAGCGUGGUUGGAGAGACACAGCUAUACAUCGAGACAAUCGAAUCGCCAUCGGACUACACGGUUCAUCAGAAUGUGGAUUGGCAGCAGCUAAGGGAUUUGCGACACUCAAGCCAUGCAAUUUCCAUGACAUUGCGCUUCGAAAUUCCCGAAAUUGGACGAUACGAAUUGAAAUUAAAACGAACGCAUCGAUGA